UUUUUCUUCUCUACAUUAUGGAUCGUUUUAAUAUCAAUAGUCAAAUUGAACAUUUACAAUCAAAAUAUGUUGGAACUGGACAUGCUGAUACCAACAAAUAUGAAUGGUUAACAAAUCAACACAGAGAUUCAUUAGCAUCUUUUGUUGGACAUAAUUCUUUACUUUCAUACUUCUCAGUUGCUGAAAAUGAAACCAAGGCAAGAGUAAAGAAUAAUCUUUUGGAGAAAAUGCUUCAACCCUGUGGACCUCCGCCAGUAAAGGAAGAGCAGUAAUGGAGUUGCAGAUGUGUAAAUAAAGAUAAUCAGAUAACCUCUCAUUAAAGAAAUUUAUGCAAAAAUGAUCUAUUCAUUCUCUGAUAAGCUAUGGGAUUGUAAAUGAGUAAUGGUUAUAACUUAUCUGAAUAAUAUAUAAUUAAGCAAUACCUCUUGUAAUUGACUAUUACGCUCUUCACCAAAUUCAAUACCGCAUCCGGCUAG